AAAUAUUAAUUAUUUACGUCGAGACUUCUCAUUAUUUUAUUUCAACAGUUGAUUAGUUUGUUGCAUUAGUUAGAGUAUGGCGAACCAUCCCCCACAGUCACAGGGCCAAUGUUUUUCUGUCUGCUUGGCAGAGGCUGAUGCGAACAAAAAGUUUGCAGUGUUGAAGUUCCCACCCAGUAACAAGGUCGACUUCACUCUUUGUACAGCAGGGGCAAAGUUAGAGAGAGAAAAUAACUUAAAGGAGUUCAAAUCGGCCUAUGAUAUCGACGUCCUCCCAAAAUUUGGUGCUGGCAGUGAGUAUGGCAAAGAGCAGAGAGAGGAAGCAAGAAAAAAGAUGUAUGGAAUUAAAAUUAAAAAGUACGAUCCCCAAGACCAACCCUGGUUACUUAAAUUAGGCUCAGGCAAACAAAUAAAAAGGUUCCGGGGGACGCGUAAUGGUGGAGUAACGAAGAAUGCUUCCUAUUAUAUUUUCAUGCCCAUGUCAGACUCCAAGUUUAUUGCUCAGCCCGUUGAAGAAUGGUACGAUUUUAUUCCUCAAGCCAAAUAUAAGGCACUAAAUGCAGAAGAGGCCGAGGAGGAGUUCAGCAGACGCGAUAGAACCCUGAAUCAUUUUGCAAUUAUGAUGAAGAAAAGAAUUGAUAAGCAUGAAAAUGAUGGGAACAUUGAGGAAGGUGCUGGUGGAAAGAAGAGCAAGAAGAAAGAUAAAUCAUUUCUUGUUAGUGAAUUCGAUGAAAUGAGCAACGAAGAUGAUGAUCUGGAUAGUGAAUGUGAAGUGGAUAAAGAUGAAAAUGCCAAUGAAGGAAAGCCAAAAAAAAGAGGAAACAAGAUGAAGAGAAGUAAUUUGGUGAAGAAAAGAAAAGGGACGGACGAUGAAGCUGAGGAAGAAAGUGAUGAGAUGGAUGAAGGUCAAGAGGUCGACUACAUGUCUGGUUCUUCGAGUGAUGAUGAGGGAAUGUACGAUGACGGCAAGCGAGAUGAAGGCGACACGUACAAGGAUGCGAGCGUCGUAGAGGAGGAAGCCCUCAGGAAGCUCGUUAACUCAGACGACGAUGAAGAUGAUGAGGAGAACAAAAAAGAUGAUGAUAAUGAAGAUGACGAUAUCAUGGAAAAUGAUAAGACGAAGGAUGGAAAAGCCGGAAGAGAAUCAGACGCUGAAUCAUCGUCAUCUAGCUCCGACAUUGACGAGGAGAAUGAUCAGUUACAUAUUUCUGGAAAAUCAGCAUCAGCUGUCAAGCAGACCGAAUCAGAUGUCUCAACAGUUGAUCUUACAAAUAAGAAACGAAAAAUGGAUCCUCUCGCCACAAGUUUGCUAGCCAAGAAAGUCAAGCUGGAUUCAUCUUUGUCUCAACGAACGACGCAAUCAUUUUCCUCAAACAGUGAUGCUUCGAUGGAGGAAACAUUGAAAAGGUAUCUACUGCGGAAACCGAUCACGCCACGUGACCUUCUACAGAAGCUGCAUUCUAAACAUAACAAAAUAAAUAGACUCUCUAAAAAUCAACUCGAAGCCUGUUUGGCAGAUAUACUAAAGAAAUUGAAUCCCGAAGUGAACAAAAUUGAUGGAAAAAUGUAUCUUUCUCUCAAACCUGCUUUAACUGUUUCAAACAACACUGAAAUUUGAAAUUUUUUUUGUAAUUAGACCUUUAAAUUUUUUAUGACGAAUUUACCCAAUAAAAUGUUAUUUUAUUGUGA